AACUGAUAUAGAUAAUCAGAUAUAAGCACACCAAAUAGCAUCAACCAUAGCAUUCUCCAUCCAACAACACUACAUAUCUCUAAAAUGAUACUAGACUGAUAACAAAUGACAUCAUCGCCAGGAACCCGCCAAUCAACCCACUAUCUUCCCCUCACCUCCUCCCACAUCAACACAACAAACACAGCCUACCUUACUCAAGAUAACCAUGGAAGACAUCUUGAUAGUAGGAGCAGGCAUAUUCGGCGUCAGCACCGCCUACCACCUAGCGACUACACACCCAAACCCUGUCCGAAUCACCCUCCUCGACCGUGCCCCCGCGCCGUCCACCCGCGCAGCCUCCAACGAUGUCAACCGCAUCAUCCGCGCCGACUACUCUAGUAAGCUCUACAUGGAGCUAGGCUUUGAAGCUAUCAAAGCUUGGAAGACACUUCCAUUUCUCCAAGGCACCGGCGUGUACCAACAGAGCGGGUGGAUCGCGAUGGACGAACAGGGCAGCGAUGUGCCGGUGCGCAUAAGGGAGAAUUUCCGCGCGCUGAACCGCGACGAGGUCAUCCUUGACAUGAAGGAGGAAGAGGUCCGCAGGCGCUGGGGUGGACUGUUGGCUCGGACGGAUUGCUCGCCGUUUGGGUCGUAUUAUUAUAACCCGUCAGCGGGGUGGGCUGAUGCGGGGAAGGGACUGAGUAUUAUGGCUGAGGAGGCAGUGCGGAGGGGUGUGCGGUAUGAGGUUGGGGAGGUGCGUCGAUUACUGCUGGGGGAGAAUGGAGUGCGGGGGGUGGAGACGGAGACGGAUGAGGUGUAUACGGCGGAUAAGGUGCUUUUGGCUACUGGGGCGUGGACGAGCCAUUUGAUGUCGGGUGUUGAGGAUGAACUCAGAAUGCGUGAUGAGGAGCGCAUUGAGAGGCAGAUCUCGGCGGCAGGAGUAUGUGUUGCGUACUUCCAGCUGUCUGAAGUGGAGAAGGAGCAAUACUCGCAGCUACCGGUAUUCGUGUACGGGGAACAAGGUAGGUUUGACCAACCCUGUAGGAACUGUCGUGACUGAUCUUGAUAGGCGAGGUGAUACCCCCGACGACAUCCGGGGAACUCAAGUUCACCAUCGCCACCUCGUUCAAAAACACCGUCAAGACGCCUUCCGGCCAUGAGAUAUCCGUUCCUGCCGCCCACUCAGUCGAUGUGCCGCAGGAGCUCAAAGAUGACUGCAUCUCCAGCGUCAAGAAACGUCUUCCCCAACUGCUGGAUCAUGAUCGACGUCCAGAUCGGUAUCGAUUAUUUUGGGAUGCGAUUUCCCCGGCCCAGCAGCCACUGAUCACG